AUGAACAAGCAUGUGCGAACGCUCGGCUUGCUGUGGCGCCCCGUCGCUGGCCCGCUGUUGAGAGAGGGCGCUGCCUUUGCCUGCCCUCCCAUUCGACAUGCUUUUUCGACCGCAUCCACGACUCAACGCCCUCGCACAACGCCCUCGCCAUGGCUAGCCUGCUUUCCCGCUGUCAAUUCGCCCUAUACACCAAGCGCCCAGCAUAACAUCACGAAGGUUGUCUUCGCAGCAUGGACCCGACAUGCCUCGUCAAAGGCCUCGCGCGCACUGAGAAGGAAUACACGCAGCGACCGACGCAGCAAGAGCUCACUCACUCCGUCCUCUUCCGAAAAUAAGCGUCGUCCCUCUGGCCAGGCACCGCAGGCAAAUCUCUCGCCCCAGCCGAAUGCGCCACCAAAGCCCUCGCAGCCAGAGCCAGAGCCAGAGCCAAAGCAAGAAGCCGACACUCCAGGCACUUCAAAGCCCCUCCUCGACCGCCUGCCCCAUCACCUCCCGCACAUAUACCGCCCUACCAAGGCUGAGCUGCUUGCCGCUGCCUCGGGCUUCUGGUCACGCAUCAAGAUCCACUUCAAAUGGCUCACCAUCCGGAGCACUCGUCCCUUUAAUGCCGAUGAGAUAUAUGCCCUAUUCUCAUGGAUCAUUGCCGCACACGUACUGUGGAUUAUCCUGGGAACCACGACCUUCUUCAUGCUGACCAUCUUCCUCAUCAAUACUGCUUUCUCUCAAGAGACAGUUGGCAAGUGGAUUGGUAACUAUCUGACAAAGUCAUCGGGCAUCAAAGUCGUCUUCGAGACUGCCGUAGUGCCCAAGUGGGGAGACGGCGUCAUUUCCUUCCGCAAUGUCUUUGUCUCGCGCCGCCCCGGACAGGGUACAGGAAAGGUCAGCAAAGGUUCGCAUACGGAGAUAGCUGCUGCCGCCGCCGCUCGGGCUCAGCAUAGCAAGGACGCACAUGACGGAACUCCGGCCAAAUCCGAACCAGAGGAAGACACAAACUACACCCAGUUCGACAUCUCCAUCGACACGGUCAACAUCACCUUGUCCUUCUCCAAAUGGUUCAAUGGCAAAGGCUUGUUGGAGGACGUUGAGAUCAAGGGCAUCCGUGGGGUAGUUGAUCGAACUUCAGUGCGCACUAUUGAAGGCGUCGACCCGAGGUCGUACAAGCACGAGCACCAACCUGGAGACUUCGAACUCGACUCGUUCAAGAUGGAAGAUUUGCUGGUGACUGUAUACCAGCCAAACGGCUUCCGCCCCUUUUCCGUCAGCAUCUUCUCCUGCGACCUUCCCAGACUGCGGAAACAAUGGCUCUUUUACGACUUUCUCUCUGCGAACAUGAUGUCUGGAUCAUUCGACAACUCCCUCUUCACUAUCCAUCCCCGACAAACCCACAACUACACAGGUGCACAACUGAGCAGCGGUCGCGCCUCCGAGAACGGCAGCUCUUGGAAGAAGCACAGCCGGAUACGUAUUGAUGGUCUGAAUAUUGACCAUCUCAACCGCGGUUACGAGGGCCCGUUUUCCUGGAUCCAUGAAGGAAACGUCGAUAUUGUUGCAGACGUCAUGUUCCCCAACGACAAUGACGACAGCAUUGCCAAGGUCAUGUCUGACAUGUACGACCGGGUUGAAGCCACUGUCACUCAGCAGCGCAAGCAUCACUUUUCCGACCAUGCUGUCCAUGGCUUUGAUGAACACCAUCACGACGAAAACUCUGACGCUGAACAAGGAGAGGAGUCGCGUUACAUGAUCAUGGACAUGCGUGUCCACCUCAACGACGUCCGUGCCGCCGUCCCCAUCUUCACCAGGGACAUUUCGUACGUCAACAAUGCUCUUGUGCGGCCUAUUGUCGCAUACAUCAACUCGAGCCGUAGCUUCAUUCCCGUCAACUGCAGAGUGGUCAAGAAGGUCAGCGAGUUUGACGGCAGUUGGACACUGUACGACAGCGGGUUGAUGGAGGAGGUAUCGAAAGAGAUGUACGAUGCCUUUGCCCGCGACGUCCUCGAGGACAGGACCACACGCAAGCGGCGCAUAAAAAAGGUAGGCAUCUGGACCUUGCAACUCGCAGCUCAAGCCCUCUUUCUCGGCCUCGCCGGAAACAUUGCCUAG